CAGCUCAGUAGUCGACUGGACGGGCAUGGAGAGUGAUUCACUCACUCCAAGUUCAAACUCUUUCAUUGACCGACCGACCCAAGAAGAUUAUAGAAUCCGAUCGUCUUAAAAACAAACCAAACUUAAAAGCAUUCUUGUGCUUGGGAAGAUUCGCUGGGUAAAAACAUGAUACAUUUUUAAUGAAACUGAACCCACAAAGAAUUACCGAAGAGACUCUCACUCUCAGUGCUGCACGUUCUCUCAGAGGUCAAAUCGAAGUGAGCAGUGAGUGACAGGAGAAAAAAAAACUUUACCUUUUUUACAUUUUUCAUCCCAAAGAAAAGUUAAAUUUAUUAGGAAAGGAUUGUUUUUGGAGGAAGUCAAAGAAGAAGAAAACUUAAUUGUUCUCCGGAUGUAAAUGUACACAAAUUCGUGACAAAGUUUGUUCAACUAUAAUUUUAUUAUUAUUAUUAGUUGUUUGUUGUUGGAAUUAAUGAUGGAAGGCAGUCCCCGGCGGAGGACGGGGAGGCGACUUUCCUUUCUCAAUUGCUGUCUCGUUUUGACACUGUUUUCGUCCUCGUCGUCAUCCUCCUCCGUCGUCGUGGGUGCCAACGAGACGGACGUUAACGCACUUGGAGGCGAGUUCGAGGCCGCUUUUCAAGGAAAAUGCGGCUCCUCCAGCCCCUGUGUCCAACUCUGCGUUGAGUUACACGAUGGCACGUUCGAGUGUCAAUGUCGCCCCGGUUACAGGCUCCUGUUGGACGGGUACAGUUGUGUCGAGCUGGGCAACGCGACGUAUCCCGAUGACGAGGAUUCAGACGAGCUCGAGUCCGACGUGGACUAUUCCUUGGCUGACCAAAAAUCCUCGAUUCUUUUAAAAGCGGCAAAGUCUGCGGUUCCCGUAGCGCCGAAAAUAGUAUCCUCCACGCCCUCGCCACCAUCGGGCGAUGGGGAUGACAAGAACAGUUUCGAGCUGGAGGGGAGACCACUCCCACGACCAGCCGCAUCCUCCUCGUACCAGCGGAAAAAGCCGAAAGCUUACUUGAAGGAGGGAAGCUCUGGGGCGAUCGCGGCGGCAAAAGUCGAGGCGCAAGAGAGGAACAAAUAUCUGCGCAAGUUUUACCCCAUCGAUGACCCGCGCGUGGGUCAGGUCGACUUCUUCGGCCUGGACCCGGACGUCAUGGCGAAAGCUACGGCGAAGGGGUUGAAACUUACACCGACCGCGUUCGGGGUCACGAAAGCUGGACAAAAGGGAAAGAAGGGUCAUGACCACGAGGGUGGUGGAGAGUAUUCUGGGGAGGAUGAGGACGAUUCAGGGGAUGAUGACGAUGAUGACGACGAAGAUGAUGAGGAUGAUGAGGACGACGCGACAAAUGAGGCGGAAGAAGAUUUAGGCUCGAUUGAAGGGGCCGUCGCGGCGGCGUUGAAGGAUUCAAAGGGUGCCACGAAUUAUGAUAAAGAUCACUUCGGCGGUGGCGAGAGGGACGACGCUGACGAAGAGUUGGACAGUGACGAGGAAGACUUCAUCCUCCCUCCGAGGGCACUCCCGCUAAAAAACAUGCAAGGCGACGCACCAUCCCCGCCCGUCAUCUCCGCCAUGUCGUCAUCACCUCAAUCCGACGCCACGGUACAAAAGAAGGUCGCAGGACCACUCCCACCCGCCCCAGGGGGCGAAGAACAGCAAGUUUCCUCCUCCGCACCACCACCACCAGCAGGCAAGCAGGAGACGGCCGAACCUUGCCCACUGAAGUGCAAUCGUGGCCAGUGCAUCAAAGAAAGUUUGGACGAGCUGGGAUUCCGCUGCCUGUGUCCCAUGGGGACCAGAGGAACUUUCUGUGAAAUUGUCGAACUAUUCGAAGAGGGUGGCGGUUACAACAGCGGUCUGUUCCGGGGACGGAGCUGGGUCGCAUUUCCCGUCCUACACGACGCCUACAUGGCGGAUCAAAUAUCACUGGAAUUCCGCCCCCAGUCCGCCAACGGGAUUUUGCUCCUCACCGGAGAACGCGACGACCUUUCCGGCGACUAUCUCGCCCUUUUCUUGAAAGACGGCUAUCUCGAGUUCAGGUUCGACUGUGGUUCAGGUUCUGGGCUGGUUCGCUCUGCGGCUCCGGUCAAGUUGGAGCAGUGGAACAAGGCGAGCAUCGUGCGGCGAAGGUGGGACGGAUGGAUGCAGCUCAACGACGGACCCUUCACCCAGGGACGAUCCAAAGGCCUCUUCUCCCGGAUUACUUUCCGACAACCGGUCUACAUCGGGGGCCAGGGGAAUAUCACGUUCAACUCGGUCUCCUCAAUCCAGUCCAACUUCGACGAUGAGCCGGAACUCGCAUCUUCAUCUUCAUCAGCAGCCAGCAAUCUCGCCACGAGCAAUGAAGCCUACACCACCACCACCACCCCCACCGCGGCAGGAUCAACUUUCACCUCUCCGGCGGGAUCGUCACCCUCCUCGUCGUCAUCGUCGUCGUCGCCUCCUUUCACCGAACCCACGACGACCCCGGUCCUCUCGUUUGGCGAGAGUGAGAAGGAUGCCGAGGGGGAAAAUAAGUACAAGAAUGUGAAAAAUGUUGCUGCGGAUGCAAAUUCUGUAUCGGAGGAUGUAUCCGAGUCGGGAGUGGUGGAGGUGCUCAAGAGGGUUGGCGGAUUCCAAGGCUGCCUCCGAAAUUUGGUGAUCAAUGAUCGCGUCUACAGAUUUGGACUUGAGCCAGCUGGCGACUCACUUCAAGGCUUCGAUAUUGAAAACUGUAACGAUCAAGGAGUCUGCGAUUUGGUCAAGUGUCAACAUGGCGGACAGUGUCUGGUUCAGAAGGACUUGGUGCAGUGCUUGUGUCCCUUGGGAUUUAGUGGACCCAUGUGCGAAACGCCGUUGGAUUUGCAGAUUCCCUCCUUCAAUGGCUCAUCCUACUUGAAGUACGGGGGCCUCGGCUUGACACGCGUGCUGAGUUGGCUCGAGCUGGAAGUUGUGAUUAAGCCGGACGCCAUGGACGGGCUGAUCAUUUACAACGGCUACAAGACGGACGGGAUGGGAGACUUCAUUUCACUUAUCAUUGAUCAGGGCUAUAUCGAGUUUGCCAUGGAUUUGGGGACUGGGGCGGCUAUCAUCAGGAGCGAUGCACCCAUCGCAUUAAGCGAAUGGCAUCAUAUCCACGUGUCGAGGACGUCGCGACUAAUUUCUCUUCGCAUAGAUAACCAACCCCCACUCAUGGCUCUUACACCCGGUGCUUUCACUCAGUUGUCACUCCCACAUAACCUUUUCCUCGGUGGGAUCCCCGACCCAGACUGGCUUUCACCCAAGGUUAAAGUCCAGGGAGGAUUUACUGGUUGCAUUCAAAAGCUGGUCAUCAACGAGAAGCCCCUCCGAAUCAUGGGGUCGGCCAUGUCGGGCGUAAAUCUGGAGAAUUGUGAGCAUCCCUGCCUCCGCAACCCGUGUGACCACGGAGGCGAUUGCGUCCCAUCGCUCGACACUUUCAAAUGUCACUGCCCCCUCGGCUUUCGAGACCCCUAUUGUCAAACCAGAAUGGAUAAAGAGGACGUCAUCACGGCUCCCAAAUUCAUUGGUGAUUCAUACCUCCGGUUCACUAAUCCGCGGAUUAUCAAAAGAUUAUCAGGGUGGCGACUCAACCUAAGUUUUAGUCUGAAAACGGAGUCCAGUCGAGGGCUGUUGAUGUGGGCGGGGCGGAAGUGGAUGACGUCGGCGAGCGAUUUUAUCAGCAUGGGGCUCAGAAACGGUCUUCUCACGGCGUCCUUCUCACUGGGUUCAGGCCAGACCACCAUUGCCUACAACUACACCACGGUCAACGAUGGCCGCUGGCAUCGCGUCAUUCUCGUCAGAAAUGAGCAAGAAGCCAGCCUGUCGGUGGAUGACGGUCCACCCGUGACGGGAAUAGCGCCCGGCAAGCUGCGCCAACUAAAUAUCAACGACGGCCUUUAUAUUGGUGGUUUGGAAGAAUCCAGACAUCACAGUGUGAACAGAUACAUGGAGGGUUUCGUGGGCUGUCUGACCGACAUGGUGUUGGGGUCGGAGCGGGUGGCACUCCUCCAAGAAGCGUCGGAAGGGAGGAAUGUCGACUACUGUGACUGAGCACUUAUUUUGUCCACGUCAAUUUAAAUUUAUUCAUAACUAAAUAUUUUCACUUAUUACUACAUAAACUAUUUAAUUAGCUUUUACAAACUUUCACCUCGUUCCGUUCAAGAGAAAAGUAUUGUUUUAUCGUCGCAAAAUUGCUCUCACAGCUUCCACCACGUCACACGGAUGAAGAAGAUAGCUCUAGAAAUACGUACGUACUUCUAACAAUGUGCCUCUAACUAAAAGUAUAAUUCUGUAAAUAUUUCACAUUCCUCUACAUAAAAAACUACGAUUGGUUAUUGUAAUUAAUUAAUUAAUUGUAAUUAACUCUAACUAGCUAAUAUAUCUAAGUUAGGAUGAAAUAUACAGUAAAUUGUAUCAUAUCUCGUAAGGGCCACAAAGUCAUGCAAAUUGUACAUAACAAUUUUUGACAGAGCAACUUCCCAUGUCAUAAAUCAUGUAAAAAGAAAGUAAUCUUACGAACCUUACUAACUUUCACAUUUUAGAAUACUAGUCUAGUUUUCGAAUAUUUAUCAUAUAUUAGUAAUUAAUUAAUUAAUUAAUUAGCUAAAUGUAGCGUACAAAAAAAUAUAUAGGACUAGAAAUAAGUACUACUAAUUAAUCAUACAAAUUAUUAUCUACACACCGCCUCAGUUUCUCCUUUUCGAUUCUGCUGAUCUUUUCCAUCCUCUGCCACCACCGCGUUGGCCGGAAGUGACGAAAAAUCAGAGAAUAUUGCGGACGCGGCAAUCUAGGUUUGGAAACGUAAUCCGGGUCAUAUAAUUGGCGAUAAGUGACAAGUAAACCUUACUCCAAGCCCGGCCCUACCUCCGAAUCUUAUGCGUUGUCGUCAAUCAUUAAUUCUAUCUAAAAGAAAGAAAAAAAACAGUCUAAAAAACACACAAUCAGAAAAAAUCAUAAUUCACACCCACCAGAAUCUAUAACAAAAACUGUUUUUGUGUCUAUCUCUCUACUAAUUACAUACCUACCUAUUGUCUGUUUUCUCUUUAGAAGCGCUGUUUGCUAUCAUCACUGAUAGCAAAUUCGUCAGUCAUUCGUAAAAAAUGUGCGUUGUCCGAAACCAGAAAUUUUUAUCCAGCAGUAUAUACUAACUUAUUUAUUGUCUGCACAUUUAGUAAGUCAUACUUAUGGUAAAUACGAUGCAUGUAGGAGUAUCUAGUUUGCUAAUUAUGUAUCAAUUAUCUCAUACAUAUGAAUUUACAUAUAUUUAUAAAUAGCUAUGGGACCGUACUUACAGCGUGUGAUCGAUUUUCGGAGAAUAUUGACCCCUACGGCACACCCCUAUGUUAUAGGUAAUUAUCAUGGCAAGGAUAAAAUCCCUUGACCUCUUGACCCCCUCAAAUCGAUCACAUGCUUUAUGUACAAGUCCCUACGCAAAACUGUCCAAUAGUUUAUUAUCACUCCCCAAAGUGGACGUGGAGAUGAUGGGUUGUUGAGACGUGAAUUCGCACGUGUGUCAUAUUAGAAGUUUAGAACAAAGGGUGACAUAUGAAAUCUGUAUGUCGCAAAGAAUAUAAGGUCACAGAGUUAGUUAGUAAAUAUGUAUCUAAUAUUUAAAUAAUUGUGCUUUUUUGUGUUGGUUAAUUAAUUAUAGCUUAAUCCUAAAAAUUCGGUCAUAAUACAGAUAUUUCAACAACAAAUAUAUAAAUAUAUGUGAUAUUAUUUUGCGGUACUUACUUAUUUCGGCUAACAGCAUUCUGCACAUUAAGAUUAAUUAGCUAACUAAUUACAGAAAUAUAAUUAAUUCCUAACUAGCUCAGCUCAGAUUAAGGUUGUAAUUAGUAAUUAUUACUAACUACAUAUUAUGUAUUAUGAAUAAUUAAUAUCAAAUACUUUUUCUUACACGGCUUAAGUAUCUAUCACGUAUUUAUCAGCUUGUCGGCAUAUUACUUCAAUAAAUAGCUGAGAAAAAAAGCAGGCUUUUACAAAUUGUUUGUUAAUUUAAGAAAGCUAAAACCCCUGCAAAACUUGAGUAAUAAUAACUUGUAAAAAAUAUAUCAAGUUAAAAAUAUACAAUAAGCAACAUAUCACUUGACUCGAAAUCAAACGCCCAACAACAAUAAUGAAACGGUUAUAAUUUUUUCCCCGUCACAAAAAUAAUAAUACUGAAUGCAAAAGUACAUAGAUCCAAUUACUUUACAUAACUGGUUUAAGACUACCUUAAUUAGUUAAUUAAUUAUCAGGAGCUGAUGAAAAUGUACAACUUUCUGUAAAUUAAAAUCUAAUGUUAAAAGCAAAGAAUGACAUUUUUUGCAAGGUAAUUGUUGCGGUAAAAGGUGGAUAUGAUGAUGGUAAAACAUGUAUAAAAUGUAUAAAGCAAAGUAAUUGACCGGAUUGUUAAUGAAACUAAAAUCUUUUCAGUUAAAUAUUUCCCAAAUUAUGAUAUUAUGCAUAAUAAAAGGUAACCAUUAGGUAAAAGUUAUGGUAUCUAUAAAAUAUGGAUUAGACGAUUGAAAUGUGUUUAAUAUGUAUGUAUGUAAGUACUAAAUUAUGCAACUUAAAUUGAUUAAGGCCCGACCUACAUGAAUAAUCUGAAUAAAACUUAAUUUUAUUACUGAA